AUGGCCCAAGACCUGAGUCGGACGCCCACUAUUGGCUCCGGGCCUAGACAAAUUGAUCCAUUGGAGCUACCCUUCAGCACGGUGGCAGAUGGUGCGAAUCUUGAAGAGUUCGUCGCCGAAACAAGGACCGGAAAUAUCGUCAAGCCCGUCAAGUCUAACGUAACUGGCAAAGAGGAGGACUACAAGCUGGUUACCUUCAUGGCCGAUGACCCUGAGAAUCCCAAAAACUGGUCCAAGAUCUACAAAUGGUGGUGCACGAUUGUCGUCGCCUUCACCUGCUUUGUUGUGGCUUUCGCUAGCAGUGUCAUCACCGCCGACCUGGAAGGAGUAGGGAAAGAGUUCCAUGUGUCUCGAGAGGUGACCCUGCUUACGAUUACCGUUUUUGUGGUCGGGUUUGGUGUCGGACCCAUGUUCUUUGCCCCGCUGUCGGAGGUGGUUGGCCGUAGACCCGUAUACGCAAUCACGCUGCUGUUGGCCGUCAUCUUCGUCAUUCCCUGCGCCGUGGCCCAGAACAUCGGUACAUUGAUUGUAUGCCGUGCUAUUGAUGGAAUUGCUUUCAGUGCGCCCAUGACCUUGGUUGGUGGCACGCUUGCCGAUCUCUGGAAGAACGAGGAACGCGGCGUACCUAUGGCUGCAUUCAGUGCUGCUCCUUUCUUGGGCCCUGCAAUUGGUCCUUUGGUAGGAGGCUUUCUUGGAGACAGAAAAGGCUGGAGAUGGCUGUACUGGAUCCAGCUAAUUCUCUCCGGGGCUGCUUGGGUCUUGAUCACCUUCACCGUGAAGGAGACAUAUGCCCCUUGUAUAUUGAAAAAGAGAGCACGGAAGCUCCGCAAGGAAAAGGAUAGGAAGUAUGUCACUGAGCAGGAGCUGGAUCCUCGCCCUCUCGCAGAAAGACUGCGUAUCUUCAUUGCCCGGCCAUUUCAACUAUUGUUCUUUGAGCCGAUUGUGUUGUGUAUUUCGAUCUAUAUGUCUGUAUUAUAUGGCCUGCUGUACAUGUUCUUUGUUGCGUAUCCGAUUGUAUACCAGGGUGGAAAGCACUGGAGUGCGAGUAAGACCGGUCUGAUGUUCAUACCUCUGGCGAUUGGAGUUAUCUUCAGCGCAGCCUGCUCCCCAGUAGUGAACAAGCACUACCUGAAGCUCUGCAUCCAGUACAAUGGGAAACCCCCGGCCGAGAAACGGCUGAUCCCCAUGAUGUUCUCCUGCUGGUUUAUCCCUGUGGGUCUUUUUAUCUUCGCGUGGACGUCCUAUCCCCACGUUCACUGGCUGGGACCAGCUAUGGGCGGACUCCCAAUUGGAUACGGGUUUAUCUUCCUCUAUAACUCGGCGAACAAUUACCUUGUGGACACGUACCAACACCAAGCGGCGUCAGCCUUGGCCGCCAAGACGUUCCUACGCUCGAUCUGGGGAGCGGCGACCGUUUUGUUUACUGAGCAGAUGUACGAGCGUCUUGGGUAUCAGUGGGCGAGUACAUUGCUUGCCUUUAUUGCGCUGGCAUGUUGUGCCAUUCCUUAUGUGUUCUACUUCAAGGGUGAGGCGAUCCGUCAAUAUUCCAAGUUUGCAUACAGCGAGGAUGAAGAGACGGUUAAGUAUAGAGAUGAUGUAUCAUAA